AUGGAUAUCACGCCCAGCACCAGAGAAUGGCGGGUCGAAAUGUCUCGAGAAUGGGAUGUUCUCGGACCUUUCCCCAUCCAUGCUCGGGAACAGCACUUCCUUUCUCCUGCGUUUCCUCUCGACUUGUCUGAGUGUAUAGAUUUGACCCGCACCUAUCCAUCUGCUUAUGCUGAUGGUGGAUCCGUCUCUUGGUCCAAAACCAGAUCGGAUGAACAUGAAGGUCUCAAGGUAUCUCAUCCCAAUAUUCGGUGGGAGCAACUUCGUGCGACCGAGGGAUGGGCUGCCCUGCAGCACCAUAACGUCCUCCGGACGUAUCUCACCGCCGAUCCACGCCUGCGUGUCGAGUGCCUGCAGGGUGCGUAUUUUACCGUUCUACCAGGUGACGAGACAGCUUGGACAGCGCAUCUCCCGGAGUGGCACAUGGGGAAUGUUUACGCUCUGGAGCGCGCACCUCUACAGUUUGUCUCGCUCCCGAUGUCUCCAUAUCAAGACAAGGCGACCCGAUAUCAAGUAGUUCUUUGUAGUCCUUACGAGAUAAGACUCUUUGGUGACCCUCAGGCAUACAACUCGGCAUAUCCAAUUCUAAGCAUCAAUUUCACCAUCUCAAUUGAUACCCCUCCACCACUUAAAUCAUCACCUUAUUUGGCGACACCCAUCGUACAUGCACCUGCUCACGACGUCAUACCAGAUUUCGUCAAUGGCAAGCCGUUCUCCCGGACGCUAGGAAUUGGGCUUCGAAACGUCGAUUUUACCCGCAAAACUGGAUCAGGAUGGUGGACAGUAGUCUCGGCUGCGAUUAUACCGUGCGCAGGGCUUGGCCUUUCAUUGUCCAACCUUCCAACUGCAACACGACUCGCCCCGACUCAAACACACGUACUAACGCUUGAGCUCCAAAUUGACCCCGGACUUAUCCCCACCAAUAUCACAGAGAUUGCCUUCGAGAUUACAAUUUCUCCCUGUCUUGAUGGAUCUGCAUACAGUGCGGUUGAUGAGCAACAAAUCUUCAGAGUCAAUAUUCCUAUCAGACACAUUCCCAUGUGGACUUCUAUCAGUUACACCGCCAUCAAAGCGACAUAUAAUUUGAGCUCCAGCAAUCCUACCACGUUCUUGGUACUUCCCCCUCGAUAUACAAAUAAAGAAGGCGAAGGAGAACUGAAAGAACCGAUUCUAGCACUGCAUGGCGCAGGUGUCGAAAUCAUUACCCAAACAUUCUGGGCAGACAGCCUCCCUCGACAAGACAGGGCAUGGGUGGUCAUUCCGUCUGGUCGAACUUCCUGGGGUCUCGAUUGGCAUGGUCCUUCUGCUGCUGAUGCCUUUGCUGCUGUGACAGCCCUGCAUGAUAUACUAUGCGCAGGGUUCACGGAUUGGGUUUAUCCUCGAGAUACCAAGGUUAUCGUUAUAGGUCAUUCGAAUGGAGGACAAGGUGCAUGGUACGUAGCCAGUAGAUGGCCAGACAAGGUGAAAGCUGUCGUAGCCGCUGCUGGAUACAUUAAGUCGCAGGCAUAUGUCCCAUUGACGAUAUCCACGCAUUUCAUUGACCCAGCGCUCCGAGCUGUUCUCGAAACAUCGCUCCUAGCAGACGACAAUGAUUUAUUCCUUUCUAAUCUCGCUCACACGCCGGUACUCGCAAUACAUGGUGGUAUGGAUGAUAAUGUCCCGCCUUGGCACACUCGUGAGGCAGUGAGCGUGCUCAAGGAAUGGAAUCCAGACGCAGACGUCACGUACCACGAGGAGCCUGGUCAACCUCACUGGUGGUUGGAGGUGCUUAAAAAUAGUCGUGUUCAGGCGUUUCUUGACCGCUGUUCUUCGGACAACACGUUGAAAGCUAAAUGUCGCAAGUUCACACUUACUAUUGCUGUUCCUGCAGAGAGCGGGCCAAUGCGAGGUUGGCGGGUGCAUGCCCUCGAAGUGCCUGGGAGGUUUGACACAGCAACGUUUACCGCAGGCUUGGUCGUUUGGAAGUAUUCUUAUGUAGAGAACUUCCAACAACCGUAUGGUCGUGCCCAAGCUAUUCUCAGCACAGACGGAAUCAUCGACAUCGUGGUUCCAUCGCUAUAUCACUCCUUCGAGUUGUCUGUAGCCUUGCGGAUCGCUCACAGCCUGCGAACUUUCCAUUCUCUUGAUGCGCGGAUAUUUUCUGCCCGCGAAGCAGAAAAUGGCCUGGCAUGCGGUGGUAACAUGAUCAUCAUCGGUUGCCCAGACUCUUUGCUUGUCAAAAAUCUUCUGAAGCUCAGCCAGAGCGAAUGGUCUUGCGAAAGAGGAACUUGGGGUUUAAACGACAAGAAAUUUGACCGCCCUUCUUCUGGCUUGCUUUUCCUCACCAAGAAAACAUCAAACACUUCAAACUUGGUGCUUUUCUUGCAAUCAACUGAUCCUGGAGGACUUGAGCGUGCACUACGAUUAUUCCCCAUCCGAACAGGUGUCUUGGUACCUGACUGGUUGGUAGUUGAUGCGAGAGCAGAUAGGAUAGGGGCAGGUGGGGCAGAGGGGGCCGGGUCAAAUGAUGGGAAGUGGGGAUUCAACGCUCGCAUGUCAUGGCUUAAUUAG